CCUUUGGCCCUUCAUGAUGAGACAGUCUGUGGUAACCAUCUCUGCACUGACUACGCUCUGGCCCGGAAUCAACGCGCGCAAGACACAGAAAGACGUGUCAAACACGCCUGUGAUGACCUUGUUUGCUGAUCCCGCAGUAACAUCAACGUCCUGCUCCACGCGUCCCCGAAGACCGGACGGUGUCCCAAUGAAGCAUGAAGGCGCCUCUGGGGUCGUAGGUGUGGUCGCUGUCACAGCUCGCAUAAUCGGUAUCGGAGUCAGGUCUGCCGUACUGGAAACCGAGAAAGAGACCGUCAACAAAGCAAUUCCCGGGGGUCGCCGAAUAUACAAACUCAAUAAUGAGAGAGGGUGUAAAGAUGCUAGCUUACUUAGGGACCAGAUAAUUAAUGUGUAUACUUCGUCGGAUGCCGAAGAGCAGUCUUCAGUGCUGGUGCCUUGCGGUGACGAUGGUCAAGCAUGA